AAAAAUUAUUUAUAUUUUAAAGCAGAAAAAGAAGCCAAAAUAUGUCAAAUUCGAUGGUUAAUCGAUCUUUAUUAAAAAGCCUAUGUAUUUUUUAUGGGGGUUUUAAAAAUAUAUUUCAGAUACGCCAUAUGGCAACACUACGAGAGAUUAAAGGCCGAUUAAAGUCUAUUGAAAAUAUUGAGAAAAUUACAAAAACAAUGAAGACAGUUGCAUCGACAAAGUUAUCGCAUUCUCAAAAGGCAAUGGAGAAGGCUAAAGUCUAUCCUAUUUUUCAAGAAGAAAUUUUUUUUAACUCGGAAAUAAAAGCGCCAAAACAGUCUAAAACUCUUUAUAUUGUUUGUUCUUCAGAUAAGGGUCUUUGUGGCGGGAUACAUUCUCAAUUAACUCGGAUGACACGAGAAUUAGUUGAAAAAAAUCCAGAGGGCCAUGUAGUCAUACUUGGUGAUAAAGCUAAAAUGCAGCUUACUAGAUAUAUUUCAAGAAAUAUCAUAAUGUCAUUUACUCAAAUUGGUAAAGAUAUUCCUACAUUUUAUGAUGCACAAGUGAUUUCAAAUGCAAUCAUUCAAUCUAACAGAGAUUUUGACAAGGCUGAUAUUAUAUAUAACAGUUUUAAAAGCACAAUUUCAUAUCUACCAGCUAUAAAAACUAUUUAUUCUGAGAAUUUUUUGAAAGAUUCUGAAAAUUAUCAUAUUUAUGAAGUCGAAGACGAUGUUUUAGCAAAUUUUAAAGAAUUUUUACUUUCAGCUGGAAUCUUUUCUGCACUUGUUGAGGGUCAUGCUUGUGAAAUUUCUGCUCGACGAAACGCUAUGGACAACGCUUCAAAAAAUGCAUUAGAAAUGAUUAAAAAGUUCAAAAUUAUUUUUAAUCGUCAACGACAGAUAAGUUUUUUCUUUUUUCUUCUUCCAAUUCCUAACUUCUUUUACGCAGUUAUUACUACAGAAUUAAUAGAUAUCAUUACUGGUGCUAGCGCUUUAUAAACUGAUCUUUUUAUCUAAAAAAAAAAAACAAAAAUCUUCACCUUUAUAUCUACUUUCUUAUUUGUUUUCUUCAAUAAUACAUUUUCUU